GUGACAGUAUUGGUUCUGAGACAUUAUGAGAAUACUACUCUUUCAAAAUUCGCGCUCUAAGUACCAUUUGACGUACACUGACGGAAGUACUUCAUUCGAGUGUUUCCGUUCGACAAAUGACAAGCAGCAGAGAGACUAGCGAACCGACAUUUUUUUGUUAUUUGUUGUUUGGAUACGUUGAUGUUCCUUAUUUCGCUCUCUAGUUUAUCGAGCACCUCCGGAUGAAUGGCUACAACGGCAGCGAGAGCAGUGGCGGCAAUGGGGGGACCGGCGUCUUUGUCCCGGUUCAGGGGUGCUCUGGUCGCGGCAGUGCUGGGCGACUGUGUCGGGGGAGAGUUUGAGGGCGCGGAGGAGGUUCCCAUGGAGAAUGUAUUGCAGCACACGAACAGUCUGGACGACGAGACGAAAGGGAACGGAACCCUGGAGUAUAGUGACGACACAGCCAUGACACGUUGUGUGGUCCAGUCUCUGCUGACCCGGUCUGGCUUUAAUGAGCAGGACAUGGCUCGCAGGUUUGCGAAGGAGUACAGUUUGUCCCCGGGUCGUGGUUACGGCUCUGGAGUCAUCCAGGUGUUGAAGAAACUGGCCUCCCCUCAGCUCACUGAUGUGUACCAGCCAGCCAAGGACCAGUUUAAUGGUCGAGGCUCUUUUGGCAAUGGAGGAGCAAUGAGAGCGGCCCCCUUUGCGCUGGCUUUCCCUGAUCCAGCUGAUGUUAAAAAGUUUGCUCGUCUGGGUGCCAUGCUCACCCAUUCUUGUUCUCUGGGCUACAACGGGGCAGUGCUGCAAGCAUUAGCUGUCCACCUCGCCCUGCAGGGUGCCUUGGACCUGCCUCAGAAGUUCAUCAACACACUGAUCACCGAGAUGGAGGAAUUUGAAUGUGAUGAGGCGGCACGGAAUGAUGCCAGAAUCCUAAAGGAAGCAGAAAAGCCGUUCUGUGACCGCCUUCAUCGAGUCAGAGACUUGAUGGACAGGAACAAGGUCACUAUAGAGGAGGUCAUCUCUGAGCUAGGUAAUGGCAUUGCAGCACUCCAGUCAGUCCCAACUGCCAUCUUCUGCGUUCUUCACUGCUUGCAGCCAAGGGAAUACCUUCCAGAAAACUAUGGCGGCUUGGAACGGACAAUAGCGUACAGCCUUGCCCUGGGAGGCGACACAGACACUAUAGCCUGCAUGGCCGGGGCCAUCGCCGGCGCACACUACGGCAUCGAGGUCAUUCCCCAAACGUGGAUCCGAUGCUGCGAGGGCGCCGACGAUGCUGACGUGGAUGCAGAGCGACUUCACGUGUUGUACCACCAGACCGGAUCAGGUGAUCAGAGCAAUGAAGACCCUUCGGGAACAAAACGGUCCAAGUCUUCAAACGGCACAGCCAAGUAAACCCAAACCAAUAACGUUUAACGCAUACAGUGCACCUGGAAUGUAUUCACAGCAUUUCACUUUUUCCAUGCAAAUGUAUUAAAAAUAAAAAAAUAAAAAAGCACAUGUACAUAAGUGUAUUCACAGCAUUCGCUCAAUACUUUGUUGAUGCACGUUUGGCAGCAAUUACAGCCUCAAGUCUUUUUAA